AUGACGCCCCCCGCGCGCGGACGGGGGACUAGCCAGCGCAGCCCGACCGUAUUGGUCACAGACUCGCGCGACCAGCAACCUCCCUCGACACCCCGCCGACGUCGAUCGCCUGCGACCCGGUUCAUCACCGUCGAUAACGUCCUGCAGUAUGCCUCGGACAUCCCUUCAAUGCAGCAGCGCCAUCCGCCGCCCACCUCCCGCUCGCGCCGGCUUGCUUCUGCUGCUGGCGGGCUCAUAGGGAGCUCGGGCGGCACCAGUAGCGGCACCGCAGCCAAUGCGGCGGGCACGAUUGGACGAUUGGCGGCGCAGCCACGGCUUCCACCUCGAACAACAAAAGUCAGCGAGAAGCUAGUUCUUUUGCCCGACACUGGAGGGGUUGGCGAGCCGGAUACCGGGGAAGAGGACGAGGACGAGGAUAAUGAUGUGGACGGCCGUCUGGGUGGCGAACUCGUGGACGAAGAGCUUGUUGCGCGGCUGGCUAAGGAGAAGGAUCUGGACCCGGAUAUGGUGCGACAGCAGUUGCUGAUCCAGAAGCGGCUGGGCGGCGAUUUCGGGGUCGAUAAUGACCUUGCCCCGUUGCUGGCUGAGGAGGAAUUGCUGCGUAGGCGCCGCGUCGGGCCUGAGCGGGCUAAGAGCUAUGCUGAGCGCCUGCCCAAGGCCCGUCGCACUGAAAAGCUGGCGCGCGUCACUGCUUAUUGUACGGCCCAGGCGUACAAGAUGGGCUCUGUUGCGGCAUUUGUGAAGGAACGGCAUGGUGCUCGGACGAAAUUGUAUGAUGACUGCCUCUACACGGCUUAUCACCUGCCUUUACUACCCGGCCACGAAGGGUAUCGCUUGCGCAGCAGUCCAGUUUUGAAAUACCCCGGUGGGAAAUCGCUGCUGGAUGAGGAGAUUGAGCGGAACGAGCUCCGUGAUCACCACGACGACUACAUGGGCGAGGCGGAGGAGCACUCCGUCGGUGGUCACAACCGUCCGGAAGACGAUCAUCACCACGAGGCGUCACCUCGAGACUCUGGCGAUCACAGCCCGCGGGAGCAUGGUCAUGAGGAGUUUCUGAAUCGCAUCUCUGAGGAACACCCAGAAGAGCACGAGCAUGCCGCAAGCUCGAACGAGAGCGAUGGGAUGCAUGUCCCGCAAUCAGAUACCCGCGAAGAGAAAGAAACCCCCGACCCUCCCCCUCGUCGUCGCCGACACAGUACAGAUGACAGCCAUGCACUGCUGCGCGACCGCCCUUCUCUGCCGUCGCCGCAACCCUCGUCCGCGCAACUCCCAGCCCGGACCCUGUACAACGUCGCUGAGAUGUUUGUGUUCAGCUACGGAGUGGUGGUCUUCUGGAACUUUACAGAAAGGCAGGAAAAGGAUCUUUUGGCGGAUUUGGCGUUUGCCACGUCGUCCGCGACUGGCACGCCAAUCCCGCUGGCCACGAUGCCUCUUCACGAGGAAGAUUUCGAGACCGAGGAGUUCCACUUUGAGUACUCGACUGAGAUCUCGCGUCCGCGCGUCUACAACGACAUGAUCACCCUGCGCAGCGGCGACCACAUGAUCAAGCUCGCGAUCAGCCACGGCAUCUCGCAGAGCACCAAGCUCUGUUUCUUUGAAGAGGUCAUGGCCCGCCAGAUGGCAGACGCCAAAGACGUUCCGCGGCGGCUCGCCAUGACAGGGCAGCUCGGCAUGAAGCGGGAAGAGGUCUUCCGGAUCUUAGGGCGGCUGUUCAAGAGUCGUGUCGAGGUGAAUCUCUCUUCCAAUAUGCUCGAUGUCCCGAAUUUCUUUUGGGAAAGCGAGCCGACUCUCUACCCGCUGUACAUUGCUGUGCGCGAGUACCUGGAGAUCAAGCCGCGCAUCCAGGUCUUGAAUGAGCGGUGCCGCGUGUUUUUGGAUCUGGCGGAGAUUCUGUCCGACUCGAUUGCGGACAACCGGACAUCUCAUCAAACCUGGAUCAUCAUCGUCCUCAUCCUCAUCUCCAUCAUCGUCACCAUCUCCGAAGUCUUCCUCCGCUUCGGCCUGCUGCACACCCGUGAAGGCGCCACCGCUACACCAUCGCGUCUUCUCGCCCGUGCUUUCGGUCGCGGCGUCGCCCCGUCCCCGUCUUCUGGUUGGUAUCCGUACUCACCGGCCAAUGCUCCGCCGGGGUGUCUGUGUCCGUCUUUGGGUCCGGCUGCGGGCGGGUCUGGUAUGGGAGUCAGUGGAAUGGGGAUAUGA